UUUCAGAAUUCCACUUUUAAGUUCCACUAAAGGGCCGAAAGAAUCGCUAUCGUGAGAUGUCUGUUGUUUGCAAGACCAAGUGACCGGUAGAGCCGAGCGAGUAUAUAUAUGCUGUCCAUGUCCUACCUGAUAAACAUCAAAGAAUCCGGCCGAUAACUCAAGUAACAAGCUUAAAACGCAAUGGCACCAGGCGAUAACCUCCCCGACUACCACACCAACACCCCACUCGACCCCUCCUUCGAGAAAGACAUCCUCGACACGCAUUUGUUCUACGACUACGAUGCGCAAGACAGCAACGGCAAUCCCGAAAAAUGGCGAUACGAACUGUGGUGCUUUUCCAAGGAUAGGGUAGUCUACGCUAUUCACGGCGGACCCAUGGCUGGUCGCGUCAACUACCAACGUGCAACAUACCAAUGUAUCCGACCCGGUGAGCUAUGGCAAAUCAACUGGCUCGAAGAGACUGGCACCAUCGUAUCUGUUGUGUACGAUAUCACCAAAGGGAAGGUGUCAACUUUGAUUGGGUUUUCUGAAGGCCAUUGGAAGAGAGGGAAAGAAGCGCUGGGAGAUAAGAGAAAACCGGAGGAUUUGGCGAGGUGGAGGAAGUUGGCUGAAGUAGGGAACCAGGCAAGUCGGUUUAUGUUGUCGGAACAGGGGGAUGUUGUAGAGAUGUUCAAGGGAAAGGGGAAGUUGUCGCCGAUCAAGGAUGAUGAUCCUCUCUUUUAGGAGCAACACUGAGUACAACCAAGAGGCGUCUUCGUUUUUGUACUGGGCUCUAUAACUUGAUAAGAUGAUGUCGUAGCAUAGAGUUCUGUUUGGGCAGUAUAUGCAGUUUGAUUGAUCGAUAGGAGAUAUGUGAUGUAAACAACAGCCUACGAUAUCUUUUGUGAGUGUGACAGGCAUCACGUACCUUGCAUUAGAGGUUGACGGCGAAGGAAGGUUGUCGUUCCAUGCGAUGUGGUCUUGCUGAAAGGUCGCACAACAGAGGCGGUGAGAUCAGGCACCCUGCCACAGUUCGGCGACGUGUUUGGCGCUCAGGCACCCCUCUUGGCGUCAUGUGUAGCUUCAGGAGUCGCGGUCCUGUAA